AAACAUCGAGAAGAGAAGAUGCCCAUCAACUCAAACUCAUCCACUUCGACUGUCUCUACUACUUCUUCAACUUCAACUUCUACCGUACUUCAACAUAUUCAAUCACAUCGAGAUGUUCCUGUCGAACAACUCUUCACUAAACUAGACAUCGUAGGUAAAGGUGCUUAUGGUGCAGUUUAUAAAGGGAUUCAUAAUGCAACAGGAACUAUACUAGCAUUGAAAGUGAUCAAUUUGGACACAGCAGAAGAUGACAUCAUCGAGAUCCAAAGAGAAGUAGCCCUUCUAUCACAAUUACGUGAUUCAGAUCGACAUAAUUGUAUUGGAUAUCAUGGAUGUUAUUUUUAUAAAACAGAAUUAUGGAUCGCCAUGGAUUUUGCUUCUGGAGGAUCGAUUCGAACGUUAUUGAAACCAGGAAAGAUUGAAGAAAAGUUUACUCAAUUGAUCAUACGUGAAACUUUGAUCGGAUUGAAUUAUUUACAUCGACAAGAUAUUAUUCAUCGGGAUAUUAAAUCGGCUAACAUUCUACUCACUAAUUCUCAUCGAGUUUUACUUUGUGAUUUUGGAAUUGCUGCUCCACUUCAAUCUACGAAUCAUAAACGGUCUACAUUUAUCGGAACUCCUUAUUGGAUGGCACCUGAAGUGAUUGCAGAUGGUAGAUUAUAUGAUACUAAAGCUGAUAUUUGGUCACUUGGGAUCACUUUGUACGAAAUGUUAAAUGGGAAUCCUCCUUACUCUGAUUUGACACCUGCUAAAGUGAUUUUAAAGAUUCCUAGAAGUCAACCUGCAAAAUUAGAAGGUAAUCAAUUCUCGAAUGGGGUUAAGGAAUUCUUGGCUGCUUGUUUGAUAGAUGAACCAAAUGAUAGACCUACAGCAGAUGAAUUGAUCAAACACAAAUGGAUCAAAUCAAUCUCAAAAGCACCUCUGACACCUCUCAAAGACCUUACCAAUCGUUAUUCACGUUGGAUCAAUUCAGGC